AUGGCCUCUCAGAACGCUUCUUCACCGGGCUGUGCCAAAGCUGACGAGGCAUUUACGAGCGGAGUCAGUACUCGAGAUGUUUCGGGGCGCUCGUAUUUGCUCUCAAUCCCGACGACCUAUUCCUCACAAACCUCGUCUCCGCUCAUUCUGUCAUUCCAUGGUGGCGGCCAAUCAGCUGAGACACAGCUUGAAUGCGACCAGUUUGCCAACCCCAAGGUCAACGAUCGAUACAUCGUUGUCUAUCCUGAGGCAGUCGGUUCGCAAUGGCAGGUCAGUCCCGAUAGCGAUUCUGAUGAUGUCGAUUACAUAUCGAACAUCCUAGAAGACGUCGAGUCGUUUUUCUGCAUCGAUCUGUCUCGCAUAUAUGCUACAGGGAUGUCUCAAGGCGGUGGCAUGGUAGGCUUCUUGGCCUGCAACCAGACUCUAUCUACGAGAAUUGCUGCAUUUGCGCCGGUCUCGGGAGCCUUCUAUGUGAAAGGAGCAAACAAAUGUGAUCCGGCGUCUGUGGCAAUACCUUGCUCCCCUGAACGAGCCGAUGUUCCCAUAUUGGAGUUCCACGGGGGAGGUGAUCAGGUAAUUCCUUAUUAUGGCGAUGACAGUAAAAGACAUGCUUGCUUGCCUGCUAUUCCGCACUGGGUGGAGACUUGGGCGGAGCAAAACAACUUGGGCAGCUCUAACAUUUCUACAUCAAUAACAACCUCAGCGACAUUGUAUCAAUUUGGCAGUGGGUCAAAGCUCGGCCUUGUCUCUCAUGUCUACGAUGGAUCCAGCACUGGACAUGUCUGGCCAACCACGAAGAGCUUCGCCACGGAUAUCGGUGGUAGCUCCACGGCAUCUUUCAAUGCAACCCCAAUGAUCCUAGACUUUUUCAGCAAGUACAAUCUGUAUAGUUUCAACAGUACCGAGGUCAUUCCCACUUCAACCAGCGGCAACGGCACUGGCGGCAGCAACGAUAAUGGCACUAGUGGCAGCUCCAGCUCGUUUGCUACGUGCCGUCAUGGCGCAACUUUAUGGUGGCUGCUGGGUUUCUAUAUAGCCCAAAAACUCUUUUGA